AUGUCGGCUCCUCAGAGUGUGCAGUGCUUCGGCAAGAAAAAGACUGCUACCGCAGUCGCCCACUGUAAGAAGGGCAAAGGUCUCAUCAAGGUCAACGGCAGACCUCUCGCUCUCGCUCAGCCGGAGAUUCUACGUUUCAAGGUCUACGAACCAAUCCUGAUUGUCGGUCUUGACAAAUUCGCCGAGGUCGACAUCCGCGUCCGAGUCACCGGAGGUGGUCACACUUCUCAAAUCUAUGCCAUCCGACAAGCCAUCGCCAAAUCCAUCGUUGCCUACUACCAGAAAUACGUCGACGAGUACACCAAGAACCAACUGAAGCAGGCCCUUGUUCAAUACGACCGAACACUGCUUGUUGCCGACAACAGACGGUGCGAGCCCAAGAAGUUCGGCGGUCCGGGUGCCAGAGCCAGAUACCAAAAAUCCUACCGUUAA